CCGUCCGGGUCUGGAUCCGGCCGUCCCCAGACGUGCGGGAAGGGGACGCUGCCACCCUCACCUGCGCGGUGGCAGGAGGGGACCAGGACGUGCUGAGCUACACCUGGUACCGGAACCAGGUGUGGUUGGCCACCGGCUCUUCCCAAAAUCUCACCUUCCCUGGGGUCACCGCCUCCGACGCCGGCUCCUACCAGUGCUCCAUACGGACCCCGGCCCGGAACCACAGCGCCAUCCCUGCCACCCUCAGCGUGCUCUACCCUCCCAGGAACCUGCGGCUGCAAUCCUUCGCCGAGAGCAGCCAGGGCACGGCCACCAUCCUGCUGUGCGCCGUGGACAGCCACCCCCCGGCCCAGCUGACGCUGCUCAGGGGGGGACACCCGCUGGCCUCCAGCCCCGCCGGAGGAGGUGACACCCCCCGGCAGAGCAUCCGCGUGUCCCCCUCUCCCAACGCGCUGCGCCUGGAAUUCCGGGAAGCCUCCGAGGAGGAUGAGGGCGAAUACGAGUGCCAGGCACGGAGCGCCCUCGGCGACGCCCGCGCGUCCCUCACGCUCCGCGUGCAAGGUGAGGAGGGGGACAAGGGGACAGUGGGGACACUCGGGGACACUCCCAGGGUGGCAUCGAAGGGGUCAGGAUUGGGGGCGCCCCGUUUUGGAAGGGCUGGAGGUUGGGGAUGCCCAGGGUGAGCACCCACCCCCCUCUG